AUGGAGGACGUGUCCAGAACUGGAGAGAAUCAUGCAGGUAAAUACACCUGUACAGGAACAGAGACAGGAGGCUCACGUUCCUCACACCCCAGUGAUGCUGUUCUACUGACUGUAUCAGCAAAACCCAAACCAACUAUGAGAUUAGAACCUCAGAACUUCAUCUACACUGGAGACACCGUUACUCUGACCUGUGAUCUGAAUCAGUCUACAGGAUGGACUUUCCUCUGGUAUAGAAAUGAUCAGGAGGUAAAUCCUCAGAUCUCUGCAGAUAAAAUCACCACCAACAAACUCAGUGAGAAACUUUCUAAUACAGGAACAAAAAAGUACAACUGUGUAGCACGAAGAGGAAACUACUACUACAACUACCAACACCCUGUCUACUACUACAACCACUACUAUGACUCACAGUACAGUGAUCCAGUUACUGUUACAGUAGAAGGUUUACCAAAACCAGUGGUGAUUAUAGAGCCUGAUAAUCACGUGUUUGUAGGAGAUUCUGUUACUCUCACAUGUAACAUAGAGAAUGGAGGACGUGUCCAGAACUGGAGGUACAGCUGGAAUAAAGAAGGUUCAGACCAAACUGUCAGUAAUGAUCAGCAGUACAGAAUCAAUAAUGUUACAGAGAAUCAUGCAGGUAAAUACACCUGUACAGGAACAGAGACAGGAGGCUCACGUUCCUCACACCCCAGUGAUGCUGUUCUACUGACUGUAUCAGUGUCUGAAGCUUCGUUAUCAGUGCUGAAGAUGAUCAGUAGUGCUGUGGCAGCGUUUCCGUAUCUGUUGUCCACCAUCAUCCUGGUGAAAUAUUACAGAGCUCGAGCUGUAACUGGUGAGAUUAAACUGGACGCAGUGGUUGAGGCUGAAACUUCCAUCUGA